AAGAGUGGGGAAUUUGGCAGUCAGCAGUGGAGUGUGUCACUACUGACAAUGGCACAAAUAUGAAGGCUGCAUUUAAAUCCCUCCCAUCGAACUGGCUCAGCUGCUUUGGACAUAAUUUAAAUCUUGCUCUUGGAAAGGCCCUGAAGAUUGACCAAGUGAAUGCUUCUGUGAGGGCUUGCAGGAGUGUCGUACAAGGAUUUAACUACUCAUGGAAGUGCUGGAAAAAAAACAAGCAGAACUUAAUCUUCCUCAACAUACCCUGAUCCACGACGUUGUGACUAGAUGGGGGUCUACGUACGACAUGAUUUCUAAAUUUGUUGAACAACAUGCUGCCGUGACAGCAACUCUCAUGGCUGACAGAAAUACCAGGCAUCUUGUGCUAAGGGGGACAUACAUCUCUACACUUGAGGACAAAUGUAAGGUGCUGAAGCCACUCAGAACCUUUACUGAUUCCCUGGCUGCAGAGACCUGUAUCACAAUCUCAUCCCUGAGGCCUGUCCUUCAGCAUCUGACUGAAUCCAUCCUGGCAGAAAAGGAUGAUGACAGCAGCCUUGUGAGGAGCAUGAAUCAUGCAAUCUGCAAGAACUUACAAGAGCGGUAUGAGGAUUCUAAUAUGGCUAAUGUGAUGAACAUGGCCUGCGUACUUGACCCCCGCUUCAAGUUGAACUUCAUGGAAGAGGCAGAUUCAAACAAAAGACAGCUAGAGCAGCAUCUCACGCAGGAGUCUUCUGACAAUGUAGGUAACACUUCUACACUCUCACAGGAGUCUUCUGCCAGAGGAGAAUGUGAAGAUGAGGGGACCAGUAUCUCUAUCCCUGAGGCCCCAAAAGGCUUGGCUGGUAUUCUCAAAAUGAUAACAAUGAAAAAACAUGAGAACAGACAAUCAGCAGACAUGGUAAAAUCUACACCAGCAUUUCAAGAAGUUUCUGCAUACACAGCCUUGCCCACUAUUUCUGUGGAUAAAGACCCACUGCAGUGGUGGAAAGACAAUGAGGAGGAGUUUCCAAGGUUGGCAAAACUGGUGGUUCCCACCACCAGUGUUGCAUCAGAAAGACUUUUCAGUUCUUCAGGAAACAUUCAGACAGUGUUUCGCUCCAGUUUAAAACCAGAGAAACUUAACAUGCUUGUCUUCCUUCACAAAAAUUUGCCAUAUUGAGAAUGUAAGAAGUGAAAAUGCAUGUGCCCUGUUUAUCUGUCUCCUUAUGUUCGUUGCAUGGGUAAAAAAGAAAAACUAAAUA